AUGUACAGGCAGGACACCGGUAAUGCCAGCGGUGAUUCCAGUGAUUCCAGCGGUGAAUUUCUGACUAUUGAUGAAAUCACCAAACUGGCGGCAGUUCGGCAGAGUCUCCAAUCAUCAGCAUUAUCAGGAUGCAAUCCUCCGAAAAGGGCAUCCUUCAGCGCUCAAGAUGGUGGAAAGCAACAGAUUCCACUUCCGGAUGGAGCACCUCAACCGGGGGCGUACGCAGGAGCUCCUGGUGAGGGUCUGCAGAGAACCCACAGACCCAGUUUCGCUCUACUUGGGGUAGCUGCUUCAUCAGUACAUGUAGAAGCAAUGAAAGACCACAGUGAUUACAACGAGGAUGGAAGUCUUGCGUCCGUUGUUGAGGAGGGAGAAGUGCACAAGGCCUCAGAGUCAAGCCAAGUCACUUCUGCUGUGACUGUUGCUACCACCACCAUCACCAAUAGGCGGAUUCUGCAACAAUGCAAUCAUACGAAUAGUGCAGAGAUGUCUGUAAAUGAUGUCUUCACAUGCGAGGACAGCAGCAGUGGAUUGGCGGUGGCAGAGGCGGUGGAAGAGGAAGAUGACAUGCCACGGCAACACGCUGCUGAGUUUGACAUGGACGAAGCGCAACGGAGAAAGAAAGAAUCCAUGAAUCACUUCAAAACAAGGAUUUUCUUGGCAGUCAUUCUUUUCAUUGCUGUUGUCAUGGUUUGCAUUGCAAUGGUGGUGGUCAAGAUAGAAGAUGCACACAAGAAGUCAGGAUCACAGCCUUCCAUGGAGACACCCGCCAAUAGUUCAGCUUCGCGUCAACCAUCUACCAUGGAAGAUGCUUUGCUGGAUCUUUUCCCACAGGAAACAGUUCAGCUCAUAAUGGGAGACCCUCAGUCAUCCCAAUCCCAAGCGUUCCAAUGGCUACUGGAUGAUAUUAGGGAUACCCAAGGAUCUGUGUCAGAAGACCGAAUCAAGCAACGAUUUGCUUUGGCCACAGUCUACUUUGGCACCAAUGGAGACUCAUGGACCAACAAUGAAAGCUGGCUCAUCCACAACAUUCACGAGUGUGACUGGUUUACAAAACCAGACUACUCACACCGACAGGAACUCUCCAAUUUGUAUCCUGGGCUGCUCACGGAGUUUGAAACUCCGGCUUCCAAAUGCAGCAGUAAUGGACUCUACCAGCACUUGUGGCUAGACAGCAAUCAUCUCGUUGGAAGUCUACCCAAUGAACUUUACAUGAUGACAUCACUCCUAUCCAUGUCGGCUGGAUUGAAUCGGCUACGUGGGACCAUCUCAACCCAGGUUGCCCAACUGACCCAGCUGACACAUUUGUCCCUGUUCUACCUGGCAGAAGUUGUAGGACCCAUACCCUCGGAACUGGGUCUCUUGACUGGACUCAGAGGAAUCGGACUCAACAACAAUGGUCAUACAGGGACGAUUCCAUCCGAGCUGUGGCAGCUCACAAAUAUGGAGACUGUUGUGGUGAUGGAGAACCCUGAGCUUCAUGGCAUCAUCCCCACCGAGAUUGGGAAUUUCCACAAGCUGAGGUGGUUCAUCAGCUCUGGUAUGCAUCUCACAGGCACCAUUCCUACCGAGGUUGGCAGGCUGAAAAAGCUUGAAUGGAUUACAUUGAAUGCAAACAAGUUGACUGGAACAGUGCCAUCUGAGUUUGGAACACUGCCAGAGGUUCUGUUGAUUGAGUUGUUUGGUAACGCAUUGGUUGGGAGUUUGCCCACUGAGUUUGGACACCUAACAUCACUUACAAUGUUCAAGGCUGGUGGUAAUCGCUUAUAUGGCUCCAUUCCCAGUGAAUACGGUCAUCUGACAUCGAUAACCCGAGGACUUGCCCUUCAGAACAACAGCCUCACAGGUACAAUCCCAACUGAGCUGUCCAGGCUGACUUCUUUAGAAAAGUUGAAAUUGGAGGAGAACCAACUCUCCGGCCAAGUCCCCAGUGAAUUCGGCAAGCUAACCAGUGCUGGCCUGCUGGAUCUUUCCCAAAACUUACUAUCAGGGACUGUUCCUCAAGAGCUAUCCACACUGCAACACUCUCUUCAUACAUUGCACUUGGAAGGGAAUGCCCUGCUUUCUGGUAUCUGGCCCGAGUCCCUCUGCAGCAUCCAUGGCACCUGCAAGGUCAACCCCUUGUUUCCGUGUAAGGGAAACUACGGGCUUUUCUUUGACUGUACGAGCCUCUUGUGUGGCUGUGAAUGCCUCUGUUAG